AUGUCGACGGCUGCGAAGGCUGCGCAGCUCUUCCUGGACUUUGUGAAUGAGACGGGCUCACCGUACCAUUGCGUGACGGCCUGCACCAAGCUCUUGAGAGCCAGCGGCUUCAAGGAGCUCACUGAGUCAGGAAGAUGGUCCUUGACAAAGGGCGGCAAGUACUUCGUGACCAAAGGCGGCGCCGAUGUCAUGGCCUUCGUGGUGGGCGGCAAGUUCUCCAUAGAGGAGUCAGGAUUCUCCAUGAUUGGAGCGCAUACCGACUCGCCUUGCUUGCGCCUGCGGCCCAACAGCAAAAUGUCCUCAGGAGGCAUGUUGCAGGUGGGUGUGGAAACCUAUGGUGGCGGGCUGUGGCAUACCUGGUUCGAUCGGCCCUUGGGCUUUGCCGGGAAGGUGGUCACCCGCACCGCCGACGGCAAGUUGUGCGAGAAGUUGGUGCGCGUGAGUGACCCCGUGUACAUGGCCAUCCCACCCUCGUGGCGUGUCGACGGCUGGCGAGACAACGUUGCGACGUUGCGCGAGCUGCGCGAGCUGCGCAGCUCUGCCUCUGCCAGCUCUGCGGGCGAAAACCUUGAGCUCCUUGGCGAGGCUCACCGUAGAGGUGCCGAUGGCAAGGUUCAGACCUUCGUCUGUUGGCAGGACGCGCGCGGCGUUGGUGGCUAUCCACAGCGGAAGCCCCAAGCAGAGCUUUCACAGAGUGAUCAGCAGCUCUUGCAAGAUGCAGUGAAGCAAAGGGUGAAUCAGCUAUGCAUGUCGAGCUACACGGCAAGUUUUCAACGACGGCAAGUGCUUCGCUUCGGCGAGGGCCCAGCCGCAGCCAGUGGCUAUGCGACAGGGCGGCGUCAGGUCGCUGAAGAGGCGAUCCGCUUCAACCACCUCUACGCCUUGGCACAGGCCUCCAUUGAGGGGCGCUUGAGCUUCGACCCGCCGCAGAGGGCCAACUCGGUGGCCCUGGGACAGGUGGUACGCUGUAUGCAGGAACGGCGCUGCUCCAUGGAUGCCAUGGUGCCCUCCCCGGGAAUGUCCCACGCGAUGCGUCCCAAGCACAUGCGCUGCACUUCGGGCUACGUCUGA